AUGCUGUCAAUAUCACCAGCAUCAAAGGCAGGCCGAUCAUGCUCGCAUGGUCUUCUAUGCAGAUUUGCCUCCAACUUGCCGUCGACGGCGUCGCAACAACUCCGCCGCGGAGCUGCAAUUCAUCUAGCUCAACGCUUCACUAGCACGACAACGCGCAAUUCGCAAACCUCCUUAUCGAAUUUGCCUCACCCAACACAUAUUGCUAAAGGCCGCGCCGAAUUCUGGCAUGUCGGACGAAGACAUGUCUCGAGUACCGCAGCUCCAGCCACUCACCCAUUCGCGGAUCGAAAAGACAGCGUCUACGCCCUGAUCGAUAAAAUCAAUGAAACAGAAUUGGAUCUCGCAGAAUUGAUGGAGGAGCUGGGAUUGUUAGAAGAUUACUAUGGGGCCCUGAAUGUGGACGGUUCGGAUUUUGAUCAUGCAGUCAGCCAAACGAUCGGUCAUCGAAAUGCGCAGGCGCUGGAGACGCGUGUGCGAACGGCGAAACAGCAGUUUGGAGAAUAUCUCCCGGAGGGGUUUCUGAAUGAAACCGAGACACAGUUGUAUACACGGCUAUACGGCGAGCCGAUCUACAAGACGGAGGAACUGGAGCUACAGCCGGAACUUGAAUUAAGUGAAGACGACAAGGAUACAGAUCGGCUUUUCCGGGAAGAUGGUGAAGGAGGUUGGGAAGAAGUCGAGUUCGAGUAUGUUGAGGUGCAGGAUGAGCCUCCUCUUGUCUAUGACAUGGAGGUUGGUCCACCACAGGAGGAAUCAGCCACCAUGCGCCGCACGAGAGAAGUUGCGGAGCAGCUGGGUGGGGAGCUCAUGCUCGAACAGUUUGAGGACGAAGCAGUACCAGACUCGACUCCCCGCAUACAUCCUCUGACCGGUGAAGGCAAGUUCUCUACUGACCCGAGCACCGUAUUCUUGCCAAAAGAUACUGUUACCGGUCCUAUCUCCGUCAUCCUCUCCGAAUUCUCCAACAAGCAUAUUGCAGAUGUCGCUCACCGCACCUUUGGCGGCAACGGGCUUCCUCAUUCCACCACCACACCACCCCCACGCGCACAGAUACCGCAGCUCCCCAUUCCUCUCGAAGCUUCACAGCGCCACAUGAGCGAAAUGGAGGGUAACGCGUAUCUCGCAGCAUUGUACCCCGGCAUGUAUGCAUCGGCUCUGAGCGUGCUCGUCGAGGUUCGGAAGCGCUUGGGCACUGAUUGGAUUCGUCGCCUGAUGUCCCAGGAAGGGGGCCCCAAUGUCCUUGAUGCUGGUGCUGGUGGCGCCGGAAUCCUGGCUUGGAGAGACGUUCUGCGCGCUGAGUGGGAGUUAAUGGUUCCGGAUCACCCAAAGAACGAGCCCGUCCCUCUGGGUCGAUCCACUGUGGUGACAGGCUCGGAAGCGCUACGCAUGCGCGCAAGUCUGAUGCUCGAAAAUACAACCUUUCUUCCGCGGUUGCCCGAUUACGUGCAUAUUCGUGAGAAGCCGACUCUUGAUGAUGCGCGUGCUCCUCCCAAGCGCAAGCAAUACGAUGUUAUAAUCGCUCCGCAUACACUGCUCGGCAUUGAGGAAGAGUAUAUCCGAAAGGAGCAUGUCGAGAAUCUCUGGUCUCUCUUGAAUCCUAAUGGCGGUGUCCUGAUUCUUCUCGAAAAGGGCCACCAGAAGGGAUUCGAGGCGAUUGCUGGAGCCCGUGAGAUGCUGCUGAAACGCUACGUAUCGAGCCCGGGUUCUACGCAGUACGAAGCCCUCACUGAGGCGCCCGGUGAGGAACAGCAUGUCGAAAAGGAGGAAGGCAUGAUUAUUGCCCCUUGCACCAACCACGAGAAAUGCCCUAUGUACCAUGUUUCAGGCCAUGCAAAGGGACGUCGGGACUUCUGCCACUUUGAACAGAGGUACAUCAGGCCUGCUUUCCUUCAACGGAUCAUUGGUGCCAAGGACCGGAACCACGAGGAUGUCAAGUUCAGUUACAUUGCGGUCCAACGAGGUGUGGAUCUACGCAAGGAGGAGAAUAUCAUUCAGGGGCCCGAGGCCGUUGAAGCUGCCUUCACUGGAUAUGAGCAUCUCCAUGAUAUGGCUCCAGAAGAAUCCGAAGCUACAGAUGAAGUUAAGUCCAGCGAUUCUUCGCUUGCACAGACCGCCCAAGAUUUCCAUACCCUAUCUCUUCCUCGCACAGUCUACACGCCUAUGAAGCGUCGUGGCCAUGUGAUCUUCGACGUGUGCACGCCAGCCGGAAAGAUCGAACGCUGGACCGUUCCUCGUUCCUACAGCCGUCAAGCCUACAGGGAUGCGCGCAAGGCCAACUGGGGAGACCUGUGGGCUCUUGGUGCGAAAACUCGUAUUCCCAGGUCUUUGAGACUUGGCGAUAAGCACGGUGAGGGCAAGAAGGAACGAUUAGCCAAGCGAGUAGCCACGAAAGCGGCUCUUGAAGGGGAAGAUGUUCCUCAACUGGAUAGCGCCCUGUCUGCCGAUUUUGACGAGUUGGCGAUUCCUGUCAGAAAGAAGGGUGAGAGAAUCCCCAGCUGGAAGAAGCACGCGGACAAGAAGAAGAUCAGACAGGCUUCGAAGAAGCAGACCGCGGCUAAACUGGCAGAGGAAGAAUCCUGA